AUGUCCACCACCCCCCCUUUCUCCUCCCCCACCAAACGCUGGCACACCUCAGCCCAGCCCUCCACCCUCCCCUCCCUCCCCUCGCUCUCCGCCAAAGGCAAGUCCGUGCUCAUCACGGGCGGGGGCACCACCGGCAUCGGCGGCGAAACAGCGCGGUCCUUCGCCUUAGCCAGCGCAUCCCGCAUCGCGCUCCUGGGUCGCCGAUCGCAGCCUCUCCUGGCGAACAAGGCGUUCAUCGAGGACAAGUACCCCGGCGUGGAGGUGCUCGCGAUCCCCACGGACGUCACGAAGCAGGAGCAGGUCGACGCGGCGUUCGCCCAGUUCGCGGGCAGCGGUGGGAAGAUCGACGUGCUGAUCCACAGCGCAGCGACCAUUGGGCCGAAGGAGCCCGUAGCGGAGGCGGAUGGGGAUGCGUAUCUCGGCGCCAUCCAGACGAACAUCGCGGGGUCUUUCUAUGUUGCGCGGGCGUUCCUCCGACACGCGGCGCCAGAUGGCGUUGUGGUUGCGAUGAACACGUUCGGGACGCAUCUGAGUCUCAAUGAGUACUUCUCUUCCUACUGCGUCGGGAAGAUGGCCGUUUACCGCCUCUGGGACACCGUGGCGUUUUCAAACCCGAGCUUGAGCAUUUUUCAUACGCACCCGGGCGUCAUUCUCACGGAGAUGAAUUUGGCGACGGGAGGGGCGGCGAGUUUUGAGAAUAUCGAGGUUGACGAUGUGUCCUUGCCGGCAAGCUUCAAUGUCUGGCUUGCGAGCCCCGAGUCCCGUUUUCUGAAGAACAAGUUCGUGUGGUGUAACUGGGAUGUGGAUGAACUCAAAGCGCAAGCCAAGGAGCUUGAAGCGGGAACGAAGCUGAAUAUUGGGCUUGUGGGGUGGCCAUUUGAGGAUGCUGUCUAA